GAGAACGCCACUCAAAUCCAAUCAAUGAGAAGACUUUUUUCCUUUUUCCCUUCUUCCAUUCAUUAUAAACCCAAACGCCUUCCCCAUCUUCUUCCAAAUCUGGCACACUGUGGGACAAUAAAUAAUCAUCAUUAAUUAAUUAAUCAACAAAAAAGAAAAAUAUGAGUUUCCUCCAAAAAUUAUGGGACGAAACCCUCGCCGGUCCAGCGCCGGAUUCCGGACUCAGUCGGCUGCGUAAGUAUAACUCCUUCUCCGCCUCCAGAUCUCCCCCGAUGUUAUCCAACGACGUCCUAUCGAAUAACAAUAGUAAUAAUAAUAUUCCACCGACAAUCCAAAUCCCUAGCCCUACGCUUUCCCAGAGUCCCACCUCUUUCCCUGAAUCGCCGAUGCCCGCACCAUCUACGCCGAGGACUCCCCCCUCCACUCCGCCGGAGACGCCGCGAUCAGGAGAGGAUCAUGUGAAGAGACUUGGGAGAAGAAGAUCGGUGGAUUAUCCUGGACGCCGUCCUCUGGAGGGACCUGAACAAACUAGUCCUUCUGUUUAUGAUUGGAUCGUAAUAACUGCGUUGGAUCGUUGAGGAACAAAAGAAGAGGAGAAAUGAAGAAAGUUGUAAAUUUGAGGAGGGUGAAAAAGUAAUUAAACAUCUCUUUUUCUCUCAGUACUACUAAACUCGUAUGUUAGAUAUUAAAGGGAAAAGGAAUUUGGAGGAUGUAGACAACAUAUAUAUAUAUAUGUAGAGAGUAUAAUAAUUAGUAUAUAAGAGGAGGAUGGAGGAUGGAGGAUGGAGGACGUACCCGAAAAACGCCUUUUUGUAUUGUAAAUAUAAACUUUCGGUUAUUACCUAUUUUCUAUCUCUA